AUGGAUGCCGACGUCGAUGCGAUCGAUAUCGAUGAUGAGGAUGAAGACGAUGCUGGUAUAUUCAUCAUCUCCAAUGACUGCCACAGUGAGGACGAUGACGCCGUCGCUGGUGAAAACAACGUUCUUUGA